UCUUACAUUUUUGACAUGUCACAUACGUAAAAAAACAUUGUUAUAACUGCGCAACCCAGUAAAUACUAUAUGUGUUAUUUAAAAACAAUAAACAACAUUGUAAUAAUCAGUUUUACUUAAGAAGAAAUCUAAUAAUAUCAUUGUUACAAGAUAUAUAAUUAUUCAGCUGUCAAGACAGCACGUGAUACAAUCGUGGAGUGCAGUUUGUUUCCUUUGUUUUAAUACAGCAACUGUUGGGAUUUACUGAAUUUAUUUACUUUACUCUAUCAAGUGAUUAUAAUAGAGAAUUGGAUUAAACGAACUUUUAAUACACCUCCAGGCGCAGUUGCACUUUAUAUCGUCUCCGAUUGGUUCUAAUUAAAUAGAAUUGACAUAAAUGCAAUGGUCUCAAAAUGAUGAUGCACAAAAACAGUUUUAGAACAAAAAUACCACACCCGUCUUGCCGUCAUUAAAAAAAAAACGCGUGAAAUUUUUUCCUCACUUUAUAUUAUUAUUCUUGAUAAGUGAGUUUGUGUCUAGCGCUUGACAAUGACGAUGAGGUUAACAUUUAUUAUUAGAAAGUUGAAUUUUCCGCUAAAUGUGACGUUUAAAAUAUUCUAAAUCCUAUCAAUUAUAUAUCGCACACAAAAACAAAAAAAUUAAAUGAAGGAAUGAAGUGUUUGGAAAAAUUCUUAAAUCAUGACAGAAUUGUCAAGCAAUCCAAUGACAAUGUCUGGGAUACAGGAAAUUAUCGAAUUAGCAAAAUUGUUACGACAAAACGGUGACAAAAUAUUAAACGGCACCAGUAAACUCUCAUUAUCGACGACACUUUUGCAUAACCUAAAUCAUGAAUUCCAUCAAAUUGUCAACGAGGCAGAAGAUAUUGAGAGUUCCUUUCAAGUUUGUAACAGUUCAAAGAAUGAUGUUUUUCGGGACAUAAAGUUUCUACAUGAUUUUGUGCAAAAAACGAUUGGAUUAAAAAUCACCUGUAAUCUCGCCGAAGCAAAAGUUGACAUUGAUAUCAGUAAAUUUCGACACUUAAAAUAUUUGGAGUUGCAGAAAGUUUGCAUUGAAUUAACGAAAGGAAUACAGAGUAUAAGGGGACAAUUGGAAUGUGUCAUUUGUGCUGGUGGACGAGGAGUUAGCAGUAUUGGUCACUUGUUGGCCGCUUGUGGUGGAGAUGCAGGUGUUGGAUUUGUUUGGAAUUCACUAAAUCGACUUUCUUUACCCUACAAUACCUUAACUGGAUUAGAUAAAUCCCUCGAACUCACUCCUUGGCUCCAGAUGUUGGAUUUAAGUCAUAAUCUGAUAUCAAAAGCAUCUGAAAUAGAUUGUUUACCGAGUUUGAAAUACGUUAAUUUAGGAUUUAAUAAAUUAGAGGCAGUCCCUCCUUUUCAUAAGGCGACGUUUCAUACGCUACAAAAAUUAAUACUGAAGAGCAAUUAUAUUGACAAUAUUAAGGGUUUGCAAGGACUUGAAAACUUGGUUGAAUUAGAUUUGUCCUACAAUUGUUUAACAGAACAUUUUAAUUUAUGGCCUUUGGAAACAAUGUCAGGACUCUUGUGGGUAUCGUUGGAGGGCAAUCCUAUUUCUUAUCAUCCUAAUCACAGAUUACUCUCUUUAAAACACCUACAUCCGUGUUUAAGUGGCACUAAGUUCGUUUUGGAUCGAUUGCCACUUACAAGAUCGGAAAAAAUUCUAGUGUCGGAAAAUCGAAAUUAUUCUAUUAGAUCAAUAGGCGCCGUACCUAGAGAAUAUUUUUCAAGUGUAUCAGAUUUUGCGUCCGACAAUUCAUUUGCAUCGUUAGAGGCAUCAUUUUGUGAUGAUAGUAGUGAAAAGAGACAGUCCUUUGAUGGAAUGGACAGUUUAAGCACAAGUGUCACAAGCAUAAUGAAAAGUAAACGAAAGCAAACUGUAAAGGAAGCUAUAAUAGCCGAAGAAGAGCACGACAAGGAAAAGUCAUCCGGAAAACCCGCUUCUCUAUCCAGUUCUUUUAUGGAAUCAUCCAUGGAACAUUUGGAAACAAAAAGACAGAUUCUCGCAUUGCGGAAACAAUUUGGAGAAAAUAAUUGGUUGAGUCAUCGUGCUGGAAGUGUAAUUCAGAAUAUUAUGGGAAUUGAUAGUGUAAUAGACGUAGUGCCUUCAAGUUCACCAAUACCUUCGAUAAAAAUUCUCGAUUCACCGCCAAAAUCGAAUCAAGAUGAAACAAUCAAAAUUGAGGAUAAAACUGAAGAGUUUGAUGAAACUGUAAAUAAUGAAAAUGAAUCACAAAAUGACGGAAUUGCGAUAAUUGAAACUAGCAGUAAGGAGCAGAAUGAAGAACCUAUUUACAAUCCAGAAGAAGAAUUGGGCGAUUUGUAUUUAGUUCAGAAGAAAAAGAAUGAAAAUGAUCUGGAAGAAGUUUUUCUAAUAGUUACUAACGAGGAGGUGAAGGAAAGAGAUUACAUCACCGGGAAAUUGAAAUUUCGUUGGUCGACAGAAACAGUUUUGUCGUGUGUUAUUGGCAGAGGAACACCGACAACUGUUAAUAUUAUUUUUGACACAACACGCAAAGAUAGACAGAACAGAACCUAUUUAGUGGAAAUUGAUGACGCAAAAAAAAUUGUCAAAACUCUAAACGAGAGAAUAAUAACGAGGUCGAUAGAAUUAAAAGUCUACAAGUGUAUGAAAUGUUCAACGCACUUCUCUCACGACACGGAAAUCACGACUGUUUCCAUGCUACCAGGAUUAGGACCUCCAAAGUGUCCUGCCUGUCAAAGCGCUCUAGUUAUUCAAACAGACGAUUUCAACACUCCAAAUGCUGAUAAUUCCAAAAAUCAAGCAAAAUCUGAAGCCGAGGCGCAAAAAGAUAUUCUGGAAGGCAAUCUAAAACAUUCUGAAUCGCAAUCAAGUAUAGGUGGAACUAAGGGUGGAGCUAUAAACACCACCUCUUCUCUGGUGAACAGUGACUUAAAACGUCGAAAUCCAAUCUGCUGUUCAGCGGCAAGCCUCGAAGAUUCUAGGGAAUCAACACCGUCCGGAGGGACGACGGCUAAAAAAUCUGAAAGCGACAUUGAAGUUCUGAGCAAUCCAAGUCAAAGUAGCAUCGAAGUCCUGGAUGAAGGUUCAAAGUCGAAUUUAACACCAAAACGAAAAAGAUCCGAAGGACAACGCAAUGCAGGAGAAUCUUCUGUUAUAACAAAUGAAAUAAUUCCUAUUAUGGCGGGUCUAACAGAAAGUAGUUCAUCAGGCUCUAUGACUGACAGUGUGUGUACAGCUUAUGAAAAUAAAAAUGUCAAACUAUGCGAUAUUAGUGAAAUGUCGCAUAGUAACGAUAAUGUCGACAAUGAUGCUAUUAAAAGCCAAGAAAUUGAAAAAGAAACAGUUUUUAUGCCUGUUACAAAUUUGACAUCAAUGUUAGGAGAAUUGCUGCAAACUAUGAAAAUUGGAAGUACGAAGACAACGCCUACAAAAUCGGAGGAGAGUACUGAAUUUAUGGGAAGUGACGUUCAUUAUUCGUACACGGAUUUUAAUAGUGUAGACCACAGAAUUAAACUUCAUAUAAUUUUAAAUAUCUUCGAGCAGGAAAAAGAAGAACUUGUCCUUUUAUUGAGGGCUGAAAUUUUCACUCCAGCAUCAUCAAAAACAUUUCCAGGUUGUUUAGUUUUGUCCACGUCUAAAAUUUACAUUCUCAAGAUUUUUGGACCCGAAGGAGAAGAUCCUCAACGUUGGUUGAAAAAAGAAUCGAGUUGGACAAUGGAUAGACUACGCACGUUUGCUCCACUACCUUUUAAACAAGGUCUUUUGGUGCAAUUGGAAAUGCCAAACAAAAGUGUCGAGGAAAUUCAAAAUUUUACUCUUCUCUGCAUUCUUCAAGAUUUUCAAAGAACUUCAAGUUUUUUAUUUUAUCUAACUGAAUUGAGUUUGCCGGCAAGUUGUGAGGUUGAAUUCAUUGUGCCAGAUCAUUGUAAUUUAUCGAUAAAAAAUAUGCUAUUAACAUCGAAGAAUCAUCGAACAAGCGAUCAUGUUCGAUUGCUAGCGAUGUUUUCGUCAGCUAUUGCAAAAUCAGAAAAAUGUACAACAAAAUUAAGUACCUCUGGACUUGUCACCACUUCGUCGACGUUAAUAAUGUUGGAGGAUAAUUUACAGUGGCUUUUGCCGGAUUAUAAUAAAACUCCAGCCAUCGCGGUAGAACAAGCGCUUAGCAAUUUAAUAGCAGUGGAUAUAGAAAUUGACUCGAAAGUGGAAAAUGGAAGUGCAAAGCUCAAUUUGAGUUUCUCGGAUGAAAUGGCAGGCUUGGAAGAAACCUGGAUAUUGGAAUAUGUCUCAGUGGGUGCUGCCGAGUCUGUUGUAAAUUCUAUUCAACUACCAUGGGAGGAACUAUUUUCAGUUCCAUUGCAAAUAGAAACAAGAAUACUCAACUCGACGAAAAAUGUUGAAAGAUAAGAGUAUAGUAAAAAAAAACCCCCGUAUAGUUAUAUUUUCUUUCUAAACAAUGUCAAUUUUUUAACAAAAACAUUUUAAUUAACAAAAAGUUAACAAUUUUACUUCUACACUAGAACAAUUUGCAAU